AUGAUUCAUUUUGAAUUUGAUUUGAGUCCAUCUGAUAUAACAAGUCCACAUCCAUUCGGUAUGGCGUUAUUAUGUUUACAUUUAUUUUGUCAGUUGCCGGAUUAUUUACCGAGACAAACAAUAAAUUUUACAGGUCUUUUAAAUUCUACAACUAAACGUCAAUUAUUAUUUACCAAUACAAGUUCUCAAAUGUUAACAUAUUAUUGUGUAAUAAUUGGUCCGAACGCAAAUGAUUUCAAUUGCUCUAUUAUAAAUACAUCGAAUAAAAUUACAAAACGCGAAAACAAUAAAACAAAUUCAAAGAAAUUGGAUGUUAAUGAAUUAAAACGUUUAACGAGUGAUAAUUACAUAAAGCUCAAUGAUACUAAUAAUACUGACAAGUUGUAUAAUGAUGUUAAAGAAAUGAAAAUGAUUAUACCACAGAAAGGAAAAUUACAAAUAUGUCUUGAAUAUAAAUCACGUUUUCUUAAAUUAACAGAAGCUGUAUUUUUAGCAGUUUCACAACGUCAAAAUGAAUUACAAGGUAAAACUGUAUCAUUUAUACUUUCUGGAAUUGUAGGUGGACUUGAUACAUUACCAACUAAAAUCAUUAAAUCACCUUGUUACCAAAUGGCAGAAUUUAAAAUACCAAUUAUAAAUCCAUACAAAUUAAGUGGUACAUUUAAUAUUAAAAUAAUUGAAAGUUGUAAUGAUUUAUUCAAUGCACUAUGCCAAACACAAGGUUUAAAUGGAAAGAAAAAAGAAUUUACUUCAGGUAAUUUAUUAUCUACUGGAACAUACUCUGCGACAGAAAGCUCAUUGGAUCAAUCAUCAUCAGAUAAUAGUCAAUUACCACCAGAAAUCAUGAAAGAAUACUAUCAAAGAAAUCAAUAUCAAUCAUUUCAUUGUCGUGAAAAUAUCAUUAAUCUACGUGGAACUACCAAUGAUAAUUGGACAGAUUCACAUGUUAUAAAACAAUCAGAUAACAAAGUGAAAAUUAGGCAAAAACAACAACAACAACAAACAACUGAUGAAAAACAAAAUAUCAAAGAAUUAUCAAUUAUUUAUUUGCCAUUAGGAUGGGUACAAGAGAAUGUUGUUUAUUAUUAUCAAAUGAAAAAAUUGGUGAAUUUGUUAUCCUCUUUUGGACGAUCAGGUGAUCCAAAUGUUAUAUAUUUCCGGUGUCCAAUAAACUGUGAAAUAAAAGAAACAUUAUGGUUACCAGUAAAAAAUGAUUUACGUCGGACAGCACUGUUAAAUGCUAUUCAUAUUCGACUUGCACCAUCAGAAUUAAAGCGUCGUCAACUAGCAAAUACACUUGAAUCAGAUGAAUUACUUGAGUUGGCUAAUAAGAGAUUAAUAUUACAUAAUUUUGAUCAAAAUUCAUCGGACAAAAAGUUAAAACUUCAGAAAAGAUUACAUAUAUCUCGAUAUCUGAUAUAUAGUGUAGAAAUUGAUUCAAAUAUGAUCAAAGUCCCACCAAAAAUACAUGUGCCAAUAUCUGUGGAUUUAGAUUCUGAUGAAACAUUUCCUCUUCCUCUCAAAAUCUUUGCUGAUAAACCCGGUUUAACUUCAGCUAAACUGGUAAUUCAAGGUCCAGAUGAUAUACGACUCUAUCGUAUUGAAUGUGUAGCUUUACCUGGUAAUGAAAAAAUGGUUUUGACUUUCACAUCACCACUAAAUCAUCCAAUUACUCAACCAAUACCGAUUGUCAAUAAAACAGCAUAUGAUUGGGAACUAUCUUCGCAGUUUAUUGGUAAUCCAAUAUGGUUUACUGGGCCAUCCAUCAUAAAUGUCCCAUCGAAUACAACAGUUCAAUAUUCUAUAACAUAUUUACCUAGAAGAGAAGCCGAAAGUCAAACUAAACUUGUUCUUCGAAAUAUAACUGAUGGCAGUCAAUUAGAAUAUCAAUUAAAUGGGAUUGUAUUGAAACCACUAUCACUUGGAAAAAUUAAUCUCGAAUUUACAAUUAAUACUUGUGAUAUAAAUGAUGAAAUAUGCAAAGUUUCGAAACAAUCACAUUUACAAACUUUCACGCUGAAAGUUCCCAACUCAACUUCAAUAAUGCAGUGUUUCCGACUGCAAACAAAUUUACCUAAAGGUCUUAUUGAAUGGAUACCAAACAAUCAGAAAUAUAUGAAUCGUAUUGAAGUUAUGUCUGGUCGCACCGAUGAAUGUAAAUUUCAAGUUUCUGUGUCAAGACGAGGAUCUUUUCGCGGUGUUAUAGUGUUUGUUGCAGAUACUCCGAGGAAUAAUUCGGAUAGUGAUGAUGAAAAUGAUGAAGAAGUGUCACCAAAGGUUAAGGAUAAUCAAACUAGUGAAGCAUCAAAAACAAUAAGUGAAUUGGAUGAAAAUUCGAAUCCAGUUUAUCGACUUUGGUAUGAAGUAGAAAUUAAUAUUAAACCAGGCCCACCUAUUAAACAAAUUGAAAUUAUCUGUCCAUGUCUUAGUUCCAAAACAGUUGAAUUACCAUUUACUAUACAAUCAGAAUUAUUUAAAAAUAAUCAAACAAUUGAAUUUGAUGUAAUUAUUGAAGAUAAAUGUUUAAUUGGUCCGAAAACACAUUGUGUAACUUCUGUUGACAAUUCUGGAAAACUUUCAUCAAUUUAUCAACUGAAUUGUAUUCCAUCUAUUAUUGGAACUAGUAAUUCAACUGUCAUUUUUUACAAUUCAAGCUGUGGGGAAUUUUGGAUUGAAUUAAUAAUAAAAGCCAUCAAACCAGAAGCUGUCAACGUACCAAUUAUAGAAGCUGAAUUAGGAAGCUCAAAAAUCACUAAAAUAUUAUUAGAUAAUCCUACAGAAGAGCUGUACAUUUUAAAACCAAAAAUAUUUAAUUCAGAUGUUUUCAAAUUACAAUUAUCAACAUCAGCUAAACAACUUGCUUGUUUAUCACCAUCAAUAACUACAGAAUUAGAUGAACAACAUCAUUCGCACUUACAAAUGUCAACAUUAUGUCAAUAUUCUGAUAAUGAUAUAUUAGAUAUAAAUGAAAUGGAAAAUAAUUCUUCACGUAUGUUAUUAACAAAUCGAAGUAUCGGUUUACAUACUACAGAAAAAAUAAUUAAAUUAAAACCAAAAUCUAAAUUAUAUCUUGGAUUGAAUUCACUCCAUGUGCUAUUGUUAACAGAAUGGUGUUUUAAUUUGCAUGGUAAUGGUGUUGCACCACAACCAAGAGAUCCUGUCAGCGUAUCAGUUAUGAUUGGUUCAGCCACCACAUUAAUAGUGCCAAUUACAAAUCCGUUCAAAUAUGACACUGUAUUGGAUAUAAGUUUAUGUGAAACCACUUUAUCUGGUCUAUUCAAGCAUUUGGAAGACACACGUAAUUCUAUACUUAAAAAUCAGUCGGACAAUAAAUCAAUCAACUCAUCUUCAGUUGAUAAUCAUAACAAUAACAAUGAAGAGUUCAGUGAUCAACUAAUGGAACCAAAUGAAUGUAAUUGUGAUGAAAAUAAUCAACCGUAUAGUAAGAGUUUAUCAACGAAUCCAGGCAAUAUAAAUAUCUAUUCAGCUUUUCAACUUUUAAUAAAAGAGAAAAAAAAUAUACGUCUGUCAAGUAAAACAGUUUUUGAUAUACCUAUAUCAUUCGCUCCGCUGGAAAUGAGAGAAUAUGAAGCACUUUGCACAGUUAUUAUGCAUAAGUCAAAUUCUGGUAAAUGUGAAUCAAGUAAAUCAAUAAAGUCAUCAUCUUCUUCCUCUUCUGUACGUUGGCUAAUUCCAAUUAAAGGUAUUCCUGAAAUGAAAUCAUUAUCAUAUCCAUCUUCUAAAGAAUUUCCCAUAUCAUAUAAUCCAUAUCAUAAUAAUAAUAAUACUACAUCAUCAAUAAUUAUUAAUGGAACUGUACGAUCAAAAUCAUAUUUUAUUAUAACAUUAAAAUUAUUAAAUACAUUUAUAUAUACAGAAAGUCAUUUAACACAUAAUGAAAAUAUAAAAGAUAUUGAAAUACAAAUUAUACAAUCAGAAGAAGAUAAAAAGUUAUUUCAUGAAAAAAUGUUUAAUAAUAAAAUUAAUGAAUCAUUAUUAUCAUUAUGUAAUCAAUAUUCAAUAUGGGAUAAUAUAAAAAUCAAUAAUUUAGAAUGGAUAAUAAAACCAAUUAUUAAAAAAACUAAUGAACAAUUAAUUAAAUUAAUUGAUUUAAAUAAAAUUUUAACUAAUUCAUUAAUAAUUAAAUUAUUUCAAAUAAAAAAAUUGGAUGAUUUAGAAAUAACAGAAAUUAAAUUAGGUAUGAUAUUUUCACCGAUGCUUUCAUUUAAGUGCAGCGCAGAUUUAAUGAUAAAAACGUCUCUAGGAGCGAUUUGGAAAUUUGGACUAAUUUUUAAAGCAAAAGAUCCUCCAAUUGAUGAUGUAAUUUAUAUUCCUCAUAGAGGUAUUGGUCGUCCAGUUAAAGUUCAGUUGCAUUUAACUAGUCAAACCAAUGAACCAUUAAAAUUCAUCGCAAGUUUAUACCCUAAAAAUCAAACAGAAUACACCAUUGAACCUGAAGAAGGAAUUUUACAACCAAUGAAUAAAGAUAAUGAAGCCAAUAUAACAAAUUCACCAUUGAUUAUAACAUUUACACCAAAUUCAUAUGGAAAACCAAUAAUUGCUCAAUUAAUAAUACAGACAGCCAGAAUGGAGUGGCACUAUGAACUCGUAGGACACAUCCCAGUCUACAAACCACCAAAUGGAAAACCACAUCCAUCAACAUUCGCCAAUCGAAUGCUGAAAACAACCAAUUCGAAAUAACCUGUCGCAAUUGAAAUAGGAAACAAUACAAAUUAAAACUCAAUAUACUUUAAAAAUAAUUCUAUGCAUUCUGAACAGAACAAUAAAUAUAUAAGCAGACUUUUAUC